GACGGACCCGAUCAAGGAUAACUAUGGACCCAUGUUGAGUGAGUUCCACCACUAAUAUCUUAUCCGCCCACCAUUUUCUCUCAUCUGCAAAUUCUAAUCUCUUGAAAUCAAAGCCCUCAAGCAAAAAACCGAAUCUUUCCUUUCUCCAAAUUCCAAUGGCAGAAAUCGUUGUUAGCGCCGUUAUCACCGUGCUGUGUGAGAAGCUGAUCUCUGGUGACAUUAAGCUUGCUCGAUCCGAAGGAAUCGAUUCUCAGCUGAACAAAUGGAAGAAAAACCUGCCCAUGAUCCAAGCCGUGCUCGCUGAUGCAACCGAGAAGCAAAUAAAAGAGAGAGCUGUUCAACUGUGGGUGAACGAUCUCCAUCAUUUGGCUUACGACAUUGACGAUGUACUCGACGAUUUGGCCACCGAAGCUCUGCGACGCAAGUUGAAUCAAGAAACUCAAGCCAGCACCAGCACUAGUAAGGUAUUGAAGCUCGUCCCAAAAUGCUGUACUAAUUUCAGUCCUCGCAACAUUAUGUAUGGUCAGCAGAUGAGUUCUAAGCUAGAAAAGAUCACCAUCAAAUUGCGUGAUCUUGUUGACCAGAAAAAUGAUUUGGGUUUGAAUGUGAAUGUUGAAAGGUCAAAUAUAACAGAGAGACGUUUGGAGCAAACUUCACUGGUCGAUGAGUCCAAAAUAAUGGGUCGGGAAGGGGAUAAAGAGAAAUUGUUGGGAAAGUUGUUGGGAAAUGAAGGAUGUGACCAGAAUGUUAGCGUAGUGUCCAUAGUUGGAAUGGGUGGAAUAGGCAAAACCACUCUUGCCAAAGUUUUAUACAACGAGCAGAAAGUGAAAGAUCACUUUGAAGUCAGGGCAUGGGUUUGUGUUUCUGAAGAGUGCGAUGUGUUUAAGAUUAGCAAGGCUAUCUUUCAAGCAGUAACAGGUCAAAACAAAGAUUUUGCUAAUCUUGAUCUGCUUCAUGUGGCCCUCAAAGAAGAACUUUCAAAGAAAAGGUUCCUACUUGUUCUAGAUGAUGUCUGGAACGAAGACGACAGUAAGUGGGAACAAAUACAAAGUCCUCUUCUUGUAGGGGCACCUAGAAGUAGAAUUAUUGUCACAACCCGGAGUACUCGAGUUGCAUCAGUGAUGGACUCGCAACAAACUUACCCGUUAGGAGUUUUGUCAAAUGAAGAUGCUCUGUCGUUAUUUGCUCAACACGCGUUGGGAGAAAAAAACUUUGACAAACAUCCAACACUUAAGUUGUUUGGUGAAGGUAUGGUUCAGAAAUGUGGUAGAUUGCCUUUGGCUUUGACAGCACUUGGGAGGGUCUUGAAGGGAAAUCGAAAUGGCGAUAAAUGGGAGGAGUUGUUGAAGAGUGAGAUAUGGGAUAUAGAUGAUGGAAAUAAGAUUCUUCCGGCUCUAAAACUAAGCUACUAUCAUCUCCCUCCACAUCUCAAGCAGUUGUUUGCAUAUUGCUCCUUAAUUCCCAAGGACUAUGAGUUUGACAAGAAUAAGUUAGUCCUAUUGUGGGCGGCAGAAGGAUUUUUGUCCCAAUCAAAAGGAAACAAGUCAAUGGAGAAUUUAGGUCAUGAGUAUUUUGAAGAGUUAAAGUCAAGGUCCUUUUUUCAACAGUCAACGUAUGACGACUUAGAAUAUACAAUGCAUGACCUGAUGAAUGACUUGGCCACAAGUGUUGCAGGAGAGUUUUCCUUUAGAUUGGAUGGUGAGGUGGAUGUAUCUGACAUGAAUGAAACUUCUGAUAAGUUUCGUCAUCUUUCACUUGUAGGUCAAGGAUCUGGAUCAUAUAGAAAGUUUAUUGAAUUACAAAGAGCUAAAUACUUGAGAACUUUCUUAGUCAUGUCAGAUGGUUGGGAGGACGGCUCUUUGGACAAGGUUCUUCUUGAACUACAAUUCCUGAGGGUGCUAAGUGUCGUGGGCUUGGAUGACAUGUACGGAGAUAGUGAGAUAAUCAGGAAGGUACCAGAAUCCAUUGGUAAUCUCAAGCAUCUACGGUACCUUAAUUUUUCUUAUACCGGAAUCACAUGUUUGCCUGAAGAAGUGAGUGAGCUUUAUAAUCUUCAGACCUUGUUGGUUCAUGAUUGUUUUGAGUUAUCUAGCUUGCCAAAAAAUUUUGCAAAGUUAAUAAACCUACGACAUCUUGAUAUAAGUAAUACUCCGAAAUUGAACAAGAUGCCCUUGGGGAUUGGUGGGUUGAUGAGUCUACAAACUCUAACCAAGGUUAUUAUUGAAGAAGGUAAUGGGUUCAAAAUAUCCGAUCUUAAGGGCCUAUCUGAUCUUCAAGGACGACUUUCGAUUAAGGGGCUUGACACAGUUAAAAAUCCAAUAGAAGCAAAGGUUGCCAACUUACAUCAAAAGAAAGGUCUUGAUGUUUUGGAGAUGGAAUGGAGUGAUGUGUUUGAUGAUUCUCGGAAUAAGAUGAUUGAAUAUGAAGUACUUAAAGAACUAAGGCCUCAUCCCAAGUUAAAAAAGCUCAAGAUUUUCAAUAACAACGGAAUGGGAUUUCCUACUUGGGUUGGCGAUCCCUCCUUUGAUCAGUUAACAAAGCUUACAUUACGUGGUUGUAGAAGUACACAUCUACCAACACUUGGAUGUUUAGGGUGUCUUAAGAAAUUGAUUGUUGAAAGUAUGAAUGAAGUGCAGACCGUGGGUUUUGAGUUCCUUGCACCUGCUAAUUCUAAUCCUUGCAUUGCAUUUCCAUCCCUUCAAGUUCUGAAAUUUGAUGAUAUGAAAGGCUGGCAGAGAUGGUCAAUUAAUAGUGGUGACGGACAUGGAGCUCCUAGAUCAUUUCCUUGUCUUCAUGAGAUCCGUAUAGCCAAUUGUUCAGAACUAGCUGAAGUUUCAAUCGGAUUGAUACCUUCACUUCGGGUUUUAUAUAUUGAAGAAUGUUCCGAAGCAGUGUUAAGAAGCAUGGUUGGUUUGUCCUCAUCACUUGUUGAAUUAAAAAUGUUAAAUGUCAAAGGACUUACUCAACUACAUGGAGAAUAUUUAAUGCAUCUUAGGCCACUUGAACAUCUUUAUAUUGAAAAUUGUGAUGAACUGAGAUACUUGUGGGAACGAGAAUCAGAGGCAUGCAAGAGUCUUGUGAGUUUACAGAAGUUGGAAGUAACAAAUUGUAAAAACUUGGUUUCAUCAGCCGAGAAAGAGGCUAAUAUCGGGAUCAGCAUGGAAUCACUUAAAUCUGUGAAAUUUUAUAACUGUGAGACAUUGGAUAGUUACAAUUGUCCAAAUAGUGUUGAGAAUUUGAUGAUCGGGGAUUGUGAUUCAGUGACAUCUUUGACCUUCUCAGCAGUGCAGGAGCACCCAUCCCCUCUUACUGAAUUGAUAGUCGGUGAUUGUGAUAACAUACAAUUACAACCCAAACCCAUUCCAGCAAAAGACUUCAGUUUGUCUCGCUUAACAUAUCUUAAGAUCAGUUAUUGCAAGAAUCUAAAGUCAUUUCCUCAUCAGCAUUUUCAAAGUUUCGCAUCUUUGGAAGAACUGGAGAUACAUCAGUGUCCAAGUAUGGAUUACUCCUUUCCUUGUGGGGUGUGGCCUCCUAAUUUAACCAAACUAACGAUAGGAGGCUUAAAUAAGCCCAUGUCAGAGUGGGGUCCGCAAAGUUUUCCUACCUCACUAGUUGACCUAUGCUUAUUUGGCAAAAAUUCAGGAGUGGUUUCAUUUGCAGUGGCAGACGAUGUGAGGAAUACUUGUACUACUCCUUCAUCAUCAUCAACUUUUCUUCUUCCACCAUCUCUUGUUUCUCUAGCGCUUUUUGGUUUUAUGGAUGUGGAAUCAUUUUCAGAGGUCUUACAACACCUCCCCAGCCUUAAAAGACUUGAAAUUUAUAAUUGCCCAAAGCUUGGAGAUCUUAAGACCAUUUACAACCCAUCAAAUGUGACAAUAGGUGUGUGGAAGUAGAAAAGGUGCACGUUGGACCAAGGCUGUCUACAUGAUGUCAUUGAGGCAAAUCAGCUAAAUACGCAUGGGGAUGGACGUUGAAAAAAGUUAUAAGACAAUCAAGGGUUCGAGUAAAUACCAAAUACAAAUUCCAUAUUUGGGAUGAAUGGUGGAUGAAGUGUUGUAUAGGUUCACUGAAUUGUACUUAGAUGUAGUAAUUAUCAAACAUAGUUUGUUUUGGGAUUUUACUUAAAAGUAGUUUAUAAAAAAAAUGCACAGUACAAGAAAUGGUUAUCUUUAUAUAUAAAUAAACAAUAAUAAAUUACAAAAUUA